AUGAAUUUCCAGCAAGACAAUCGUUUAAAAUUUCGUCCAAUCGUUCUGAUAACGUCCAGCGGCGGCGAAAUGUUGCAAAACAGGACGACAAUGGAAAGCCCCGCCCCUUCGGAAAUUUCCGUAGGCACGCCCAGUCCUCCGCCCCAGCCGGAAAUUUGUCAAAAUCGUGAAAACUCACCUGUGGAAGAUAGGCUUUGUCAGGAUUAUGGAGCUGCUGCCGGCGAAAAUUCCAGGGAAAGUUAUCCAAUGGCUGAGAAUUUGAGGACAAGUCCAGAAUCGCAUUCUAGGAAGCUGAAAACGGCGCCGAAGCAGCAGGAGGAGUACUUCAAGCCUUUGAAAAGGCUGAAGAUGAUACAUCUGGAGAAGGAUUUUGAUCAGAGGUUGGCGUCGGAGGACGAGGAUGAGCAACUGCAAGAAGAGAUCAAGACGCAAGCACAGAUUGAAAGUACAGCCAAAUCUUUUUCCAUAGAAAACAUUUUAGGUAAAAGUGAUACUGGUAAUAAGUCGUCGCAGGUUAAGAUUGUAAGGCCUUGGGAUUUGGAUCAGUUGAGCAAUGCUCAAGGGACCAACACGGAUCUCGAAAGGUUGCACCAGCAUUUCAAAACGCAGUUGACGGAGCAUGUGAAGAACAAGCAGUUCGAAUUAAACUUGGCUGCCAAAGUUUACCAGCAGCAAACCACAAACUUCCAACAAUUUCCACCACAAUUCUCACCACACCAACAAUUUAGACUAAAUCCUUUCGAGAUCCAACAACAAAUGCUGUUGCAGCAACAGUAUCAACUUCUCAGGCUAAACCAGCAGUACGCAGCUGGCCAAAGUUUAGACUUUCCCGUCAUCCCUGGUCUACCAGGUUUAUCAGGACUAGGUUUUGGCAACUUCUCAAUAGCACCUGGUCAAAUAAAUUCAGAGACUGGCAGUGAUAGAUCAAGUUCUGUGAAUUCUAAUGAAUGUUGUAGUCCUGAAUUAGGCCAGAAGUUGUCUGGUGCCAAAGGGAAGGAUGAUGGCAAAGGCGAUGGGAAGGGUGCAGGGCAUCCUGGACAGAGUGGGAGCAACCAGGACCAGAAAGGGACGCCACUGGAUGCGCUUUUUCAGAUGACGAGCAAGACGUUUGACGAAAACGCUGCGGAGAAUAGUCAAGAUCCCCAAAGUCACCUCAACCUCUUCAACAACCGCCCGCAGCCAAAAAAGAAGCGAAAAUCGCGAACGGCCUUCACCAACCACCAAAUAUUCGAAUUAGAAAAACGAUUCCUUUACCAAAAAUACCUCUCGCCGGCCGACAGGGACGAAAUAGCGUCAGGUUUGGGCCUUAGCAACGCCCAGGUCAUAACCUGGUUCCAGAAUCGAAGGGCCAAAUUGAAAAGGGACAUGGAAGAAUUGAAAAAGGACGUGGAAAGUGCUAAGGUCCUGUCGGCGCAUAAGACUUUCUUGGAGAAUGUUACGGAUUUGGGGAUUUUGAAGAAGAAACCGGUGGGCCAAGGGCCGAGUGGCAUGGAUGAGUGUCCUACGAAUUUAGUGAUGAACAAAUAGGAAGGAGAAAAAUAUUUUGCCAACGGUGGUUAUAAAUAGUUUGGGGCAUUUCCUGUAUUCCCAAGGGCCAAGGGUUUUGUGUUCUUCGAAUUUGAUAUUAUAUAAAUGAAAAUUCCACUUAAAAACUGCAAACUAUGUCAUAUUGGUUAUUCCAAACGCUUUAGUUCAGAAUUGAUCGAAGUUGGGUCAAUAACCAAGAACCAAUUGUGACUUUUUCAAGAUCUUCAAGAUAUCGAUGGCCAAAGGGUCAAAGUAUCUAUAUUGUACUUUCAAAAUAGAA